AGCGAAGUCCACAUUUCCUCUGACUGCAUUCUUGAUUUCCUGUCAAUGGGGUUCAUUCUGAAGAGAACGUGUUUCUGUUCUUGACACAGCCUACAUUCCAUACCUCAGCCAACCAGACCCCUCCAAAAAGGACAGAGAAAAUGAUGGUGAGCACAGCCAACUAACUACCUGUGGUCACUGGAAGAUGUGCUUGGGCAGGGUACCACCGCCAGCAUCUAUAAGGCCCGCAACAAGCUGAGGAGUAAACCGAGGGUGUUGGUGAUGGAGUAUUGUUCAGGAGGCAGUCUGCCCAGUCUGCUGGUGGAGCCAGAGAACGCCUUCGGCGUUAGGAGCCGGGGGAUGAGAAGGUGUGCCUCCCCCCAAUCAUUUGGAUGAACCAUGCAUCCUAUUUCUUCUAGUGCACGGGAUGAACCAUCUGCGUGAGAACAGGGUGGUGCAUCGGGAUAUUAAGCCUGGGAACAUCAUUGGUCAAGUGGGAGAGGACGGGAGGUCCAUCUAUAAGCUAACAGAAUUUGGAGCGGCCAGAGAACGAUGAGAAGUUUGUCUCCCUCUACGGGACAGAGGAAUACGUGACAUAUAUGAGUGUGCAGUGAUGUGGAAACCUCAGCAGAAGGCCUAUGGUGUGAGUGCUGACCUGUGGAGUAUUGGAGUGACGUUUUACCACGCUGCCGCCAGUACUUCACCCUUCACACCCUACGGAGGACCCCGCAAGAACAAGCCCACCAUGUAUAAGAUCACCACAGAGAAGCCGGUUGGGGCCAUUGCUGGAGUCCAGAGGGUUGACGACGGCCCUAUAGAGUGGAGUUACCGCCUGCCACAGAGCUGCCAGCUCUGUCGGUACCUCUCACUCUUCCACUUCUUCUCCCCCCUCCCCUCUGUGUGUAGGGGUCUGAGUGGUCAACUGGUGGUGCCAGUGUUAGCUGGGAUACUGGAGGCAGACCAGGAGAAGUGUUGGGCAUUUGGCCAGUUAUUUUUUGCCACCACAGACAUACUACAGAGAGUCUCGGUCCAUCUGCUCUGCCUGCAACAGGCCGCAGCUCACCGCAUAUACAUUCACCACCACAACACGUGAUCGUAGGAGUGGUCCAGCAGUACCUGAUGAUAAUGCAUUCCUUACACACAGGCAGAGAG